GCUGCAGCCUCCCAGGAUGCAGGAAGCAUGUCUGUGACAGAUCUGACUGAACAGCUGACAAGCACUGAGCAGCUGGUGGCACAGCUAAAGGAGCUUGUCAGGGAGAAGGAUGCUGAGCUUCGGAAUAAAGACCUUCAGUUAAAGGAGGAGAAGGAAUCUGCUGAUGCCAGACUUUCCAAGUUGAAGCUGCAGAACAAAGCCAAGGUUGCAUCACUAACCUCACAGCUGGAAGAACUUAAGAAACAGUUACCGGUAUCAGGAGGCUUAGAAGCCAAAGCAGAACCAAAAAAGGCAUCAAAAGAUGGUGACCAGGAAAAUGCUGCAGCAAAUCGUGGGAAAAUCUUAGUGCUGAGAAGAAGAAUUGAAGAACUAGAAUCCCAAAUCACCCAAAAAAAUGAAGAGUUACAAAAAAAGAGUGUUGAGCUGGAGGCCCAGCGCUGCCGUGGGGCUGAAAUGGAUUCCAUGCUGGCAGAGAGGGAGAAGAAGAUAGCAGAAAGGGAUGCUUACAUCACAGAUUUGCAGGUGGCCUGUGGCUCCAGUGGUGCUGCCAAUGAAGUGCUCCUGCCCAAUGAAGAACUCAAGAAUCAGCUGGCAGCCAAAGAGUCAUCCCUGCAGAGCAUGGAGAUUCUGGUUCAGAAUCUUACCAAGAAGGUUGGAGACAGUGAAGAAAAAUGUAGCUUGUUCCAGGAACAGAUUGAGAGUCUUAAAAACAUUCAAAACAAGGAAAGAGAGCGUUUCCAAGGAAAAGAAGCCACAUAUAUGGAAAAUGUACGUGUGUUUCAAAAUAUUAUCCAGGAAAAGGAAAAGGAACUGGAAGCACAGAGAGAGAAGCAUGAGCAGGAGCUCUUUAGAUUAGCUGCUAAAUCUGAUGCAAGUGCUGACCUGGAACAGCUGCUAAAGGCUUUGAAACAGAAGCUCCAUGAAAAGGAAGAAGUCAUGCUGGGAAGGACACAGGUGAUAGAUGUCUUGCAAAAAGAGCUGGAUGCCAAGGAUCAGCAAUUGGAAGAGAUUAACGAAAACCUGAAACGUGUUCUGUCUGAAAAAGAAAACCUCCAGUCUAAACUGGAUGCUGAGAAACAUGUAAUGAGAGCCCAGUUAAAAGACAUGAUGGAGAAACAUGAGCUUGAAAUGACAAAAGUUAAGGAGAAAUAUAAUGCUGAACUGCAGGAAAUUCAAGAGAAACAUGAAACUGAGCUGCAAGAGAAAGAUCAGGCCAUGGUUCGGCUUCGGAAACAAGUGGCAGAAUUGAGAGACAGUGCACAAACUAACUCCACAGAGGUUAAAGAUGUGGAUUCUCUAAUCAAAGAGAAGAUGGAGGAUUUGGAAGUGAAGCUGAAGACAGAAGAGUUUUCCUCAAAGAACAAUGAUGUAUCUGCCUUAAACAGUCGUGUCUCGGAAUUAGAAGUUGAAAAUGAAGAACUACAGUCAAAACUGCAAUCAUUACAUGAAACCAGAACUCAGAAUGAAGAACUGCUGAAAAAGCUGGAGCUGUAUGAAGAGCAGCAGAGGAAGCUGCAGGCUGAUCUUGACCAAGUUACAAAGAGAGCAGCUUCACAGGCCAGUGAAUCAGGUAGUGUGGAUGAAUUGCAGAGUCAGCUCCUGGAAUGGCAGGAAAAUGUCCCAGAGUCAGAGGAAUCCCGUGACCAAGUCAGAGAAGAGAAAUCUGCCAUGGCCUUGAGAAUGGCUCAGAUUGAGGAGGAGAGAGAAGCCAUAGUCUCAGGGCAACAGGAGCUGGAGGAGGAACUGGCCACAGUUCAAGGAAUGGGCAGGCUGCAGCAGGCAAGAAGAAAAGGCAAUCAGACCAGCAGGAAGCUUCAGGAUGAAUACAACUUUGAUGGAAAACAAAGCUUUCAAGAGCUGAAUGUCACCUUGGAUAGCACUGAUUCAGCUGAAGGAGAAAACAUGGGAGGUUUACGGAGUGUGGUUGAGGAGUUGGAGUUGGAAAGAAAUCAGCUGCAGGAACAAAUACUGUUUCUAGAAGAGCGUUGUCAGGAUUUGGAAGAUAGAUUUCAGCUUCAAGGGAGAAUGGAGACUCUUCAGAAUGAAAACGAACGUUUGCAAACUCAACUCACCCAGUUACGCAACCAACAAACACGAGAUGGGGAAAAACAUCAAAUUCUCAUCUCUGGCUUGAAUGAGCAGCUCAGAGGGUUAAGUGACAGAAAUAGCUUCCUUGAAAAUUCACUUGGAGAAAAAGAGCAAAAACUGUUGAGCACAACGGAAAAACUGGAGCAAAUUGAAACUUUGAGGAAACUGCUUCAAGAGAAGGAUCUUCUGAACAAAGAGCUUGGUGAAAAGUUUGGGCAUACUGAGCAAAAACUGAAUGAAGCCUUAAGGAAAUGCAGUGUGUAUGAAGUGGAGAGCACUGAGCAGAAAACAAUCAUCAGUGACCUAACAGAAAAAGUUGCUGCGCUGAAAGAAAAGACUUUGAAACAAGAUGGUGUGGUGGAGUCAAUGCAGCUGGAUCUGGACCAGACUAAUGAAGAGCUUGACAAACUGAACUCAAGCCAUUUGGAAGAAAGAUCUCAGCUCAUUCAAGAUCUCCAGAAACGGGAAAGAGAAAUUGAUAAUCUCAAAGAAGCACUGGCAGAAAAAGACAGGGAGAUGUCUGUUCUGUCCUUGAAUAUGACAGAAUAUUCUGAACAGGUUCUCAUCCUAAAGCACCAAGUGCAAUGCAAAGAGGAGGAAAUGAGAGGGAUGGAAGAGGCUUUAUCCAAGGCUGAAAGGGAAGCUCAUUUACUGAAGGAAGUGCAAACAGCUGAUAUAAGAGAUGCGAGUGUGAAGAUCUCUGUCCUCUCUGAGCAGAGCAACACAAUGAGACUAGAGCUGGAGAGGGUUAUAGUUGAGAAUGAAGCUAAAACCAAAGAGAAUGAGGAAUUGCUAAAACAAAGCAGUGAGAACAACAAGAUAAUUAAGGACCUUCGUGCUGAAAUCAAGGCCAACAGUGUUGCAUACCACAACAAACUCACAGAGUGUGAGUCCCAAAUUACUCUGCUGAAAGAACAAGUUACUAAAUCAUCUGAAAAACUACAAGAAACUGAGGAUAAACAGAAAAAAGAAACUGAAUAUUUGAAAUCUCAGCUUGAGGAAAACAAUGCUUUAAAGGAAAAGUGGAACAAUUUGCUCAAAGAGAAAGAGAAUAAAGCACAGACACUUGAAAAUGAGUUAAAAUCAAUUAAAGAUUCAUACAACAAACUAGUUUUGGAAAAUGCUAAAAAGGAUGAAGAGUUGACUGAAUUAUCCAGGAAGCUUUUAGAACAUACUGAACAUCAGGAAACAGUUAAAAAAGAAUUGCAAGAGAAACAAGAGCUCAUUGCUUCCUUAGAGCAGAAGCUUGGGGUUUUGGAGCAGCAAAAUGAAGAGACUAAACUUAAAUUAAGUGGAGAUCUGAAAGCCAAAGAAACAUGUUGCAAAGAGCUUAAUAGCCAAUUAAAUGAAAUACAGAAACAAAUUAGCAAACUGGAAAUAGAGACACAGGAGAAAGCUUCAGCUAAUAACCAAUUGCAGGCAGCUCUUGAGGGGAAAGAAGGAAAAUUGGCAGAGCAAACAAAAGCAAAUGAACAUCUGAAACAAAGUAUUGAUGCAAUGGAAAAAGAGAAGGAACAGCUAAUCAGAGAAAAUGAGAAUUUGUCUAAACUCCUGGAUGUAAAAGAGCGUGAACUGUUAAAGAAAACUCAGGCUGUGGCAGAAAUGGAGAAUAAGUUAUCUGUUAGCACUGCUGAGUAUGAAAAAACUCUUUCGGUACUAAAUAGUGAUAAAACCACUCUGGCAAAGGAGAUUGAACAACUUGCAGCAGUUGCUGAGCAAAAAGAAAGUUCAGUUGCAGAACAGCUGCAGGAGAAAACAAAGGAAUGUAAUGUGCUGGCUGAGCAGUUGUCUGAAAGCAAGGAACAGACCCAACAGUUGCAUCAACAAGUGCAAUCACUUCUCAUUCAGCUGAAGGAAACCAGAGAUGAAGAAAUAAAGAAAGAACAAAUGUUAAAUAAUAAAUUAUCUGAAUGCAGUGACCUAAUCCAAGAGCUCAGCCAUAGCAAGGAAAAGAAUUUACUCCUGCAGGAACAAAUUCAAAGCAUAACUUUGGAUUUUGAAAGUGCAAACAGGUCUCUGGAAGAGAAGAACCUUCACAAUGAUUCAUUACGUGAGGAAAUGGAAGAGACUAAGCUUUGUGUUGUAGAGCUGCAGGGUGAAAUUAAAAAUCUUAAAGAUGAAAAAACUAAGUUAGCUCAGUUGGUAGAAGAAAGAGACCUGGCUGUGAAAAGUCAGAGCUCAGAACUUGAGGAGUUACAGAGGCAAGUGUCUGAAAAACUGGAGGAAAGUACAGUGUUAAAUAAUCAGCUGCAGCUAUUAGGCAAAGAAGCAGAUAUGCUUAGGCAUGAAAAGGAGGACUUUGCAAGCUCAUUGAGUGAGAAGUCACGUGAAUGUGAGUCUCUUCAGUCUGAAAUCACUUCAGCAAGGCACCAAGCACAAACAGCAGCUCUGGAGAACGAAAAACUGAAAGCAGAUAUUGAAGCAGUUAAUGUCACAGUAAUGAAAAAGUCAGAUGAAGUAGCUGCUUUAACCUCACACUUGUCUCAACAAAGUCAUAAUAUUUUAGCUCUGAAGGACCAAAUUGAUGGCCUGUUGAUUGAGAAAGAAAACCUGAAAACUGCCUUUGAAGAAAAGGAAACUCUCCUUUCUGAAAAGGAGGCUUUGAUUCAGCAAAUGAAAGACAGUAAAGCUGCAGGAGAAGGGCAAUACGUGCAAAUCAUUUCAGAUCUACAAAAACAAAUCCAAGCCCUGAGGUUUGAAUCCAGCCAGCUCAGACAGGCAAUGCAGGAGAAAGAAACUGAACUUAAGAGGCAAACCCAAGAAUUAAAGUUAUUGAAAGAUAAAUCUGAAGAGUCUGAUGUACUUAGGGUUCAACUGUCUGAGAAUAUGGAGGUUAUUUCUGACCUUCAGUAUCAGCUUAAAAAUGUGACAGAACAAUCAUCCCAGUUGAAUGAAUCAAUUGUGCAGAAAGAAGCAUCUUUAAAACAAAAGGUAGAUGAAUAUAUCAGUCUAAAAGCUCAGCUUUCUGAGGUACAGGAAUCUUCUGGCUUGCAGGAGCAACAGUUACAGCUUUUAGCCUCUGAGGCAGAGCAGUUAAAAGUCCUUGUUUCACAAAAAGAAUUUGCCAUCAACAACAUUUCAGUAUUCAGUGAGAACUUAAAGAUGCAACUUCAAGAGAAAGAGAAGGAAUGUGAUGCCUUAAAGAAACAGGUGGUGGAGCUGGAGGAGGUAAAAGUGAAUUGCCAAAAAGAGCUACAGCAUCAGAAGAAUGUAAUAAUGGAGCUGGGCCAGUCCUUAUUGGAGAAGGAAUCGUCUCUUACGGAAAAUGAAAGUCUCCUCAGAACUCUGAAGGAGAAAGCAAGAAAAGAUGAAGAGAAGGCUAACUUAGUUUCUCAGCUCCAAAGUCAGGUGUGUGAACUAACACAAGAACUACAGAAAUCUAAAGAACUAAUUAAUGAGAAAGAAAAUGCCUUGUUGUCUCUUCAGGAGAAAAUUGAAGCACAGUAUGAGCUGAGGACUGAGUCGAAUGCGGCUCUUGGGAAAAAAGAAGAAGUUAUUGCUGGACUGCUUAAUUCCUUAAAGGAGAAAGAUGCCAGGAUACAGCUGGCAGAGGGCAACAUUAAUGAUCUCUCUAGUGAGGUUGAGGUCCUCAGAGAAAAAUUAGAGCAAAGUGGUACAGCCAUGAGAAACCUUACUGAGGAAUGUCAGGGAAAGGAGGAGAAGCUUGAUGUUAAGCAGAGAGAAAUUGAUUCUUUGACUGUUGAACUUGAAUCCCUUAAAAAUGAACACCAAAAAGCACUGGACCAAAUAAAUACACAGGAGCAAGAGCUGCAGCAAAAAGAACUGUCUGUGGAGUCUCUGAGUGUGAGGUGCACUGAACUGGCAGAGAACAUUGAAAGUUUGAAGUCAGAGUUGAACAACAUAAACUCUAAGUCAUCUCAAGAUUGCCAUGACAAUGCACUUCUAAUCAAUAGUCUGCAGUGCCAGGUAGAGUCUUUAGAGAAAGAAAAAGCUUUGCUACAAGAAGAUGUUGAUAAACUGAUGGCUGAAAACACACAACUUACUGCAUCUCUGAAUGAUCUGCAAAAGAAAUUGGAAGAGCUCCGAGAAAUCCGGGAGAAACUAGAAACCAGUGAGAAUUACUCAAGGAUGCAGAUAGAUGCUGUCAAACUGCAGAUGAAGACUGAAACAGAGAAGUUACAGAUGCAGGUUAGUGUGAAGGGUGAAGAACUUUCUAAAUUAGAACUUAAAUGUGAAACACUAGAACAAAACCUACUUGAGUCAGAAAACAAAUGGGUGACAGAACUUGAUAGGGCAAGUUUGCAAAAUAAUACUCUUACUGAGCAGUUGAGCAGUUUAGAAAAUGAAAUGAAAUCAAAGGAUAGCCAAAUUGAGUCUUUGCAGCAAGAGCUGGAUCUGAUAAAAGAGGAAUUAACUCAAAGCUUGUCUCCAUUACUUAGCAAUAGGCUUUUAUGUAAAGAAAAGGCACAAACUUCUGAGCUGCAGCCAGCUGAUAGUAAAACUCAGUUGGAAAAAUUCUCCACUCUGGUAACUGCUAUUCUGAGCAAAGAAGCAGAAGGAGAACAGUUACAACUGGUGCUUUUAGAAAAACAGAAAGAAAUAGACACCAUGAAAGGUGAAUUAAAAAAUAAGGAGUCACUUGAGAAGCAAGUAAGAGCCAGUCAAGAAAAGCUGCAGGUUGAAGGUAAAAAAGUAGCAAGUCUCCUUGAAGAAAUGGGGGAAAAAGAUCAACUCAUCAAAAACUUAACUUCCCAGGUAAAUCAGCAGAAGGAGUUGAUUUCUGGUCUCAGCCAGCAACUGAAAGAAAAAGACUCUUCUAUUUCCCAGGUCAUGGAAUCAUUGUCUAAUGAAAUGCUGAAUUUUUCUGAAGAGAAAAAGACAUUAAAUGCCAAACUGCAAGACCUUGAAGCUGUUCAUAAUAGUUCUGUGGCAGAGCUGAACAGAGUGUUGCAGGAACUUGAGGAUUGCAAGAAGGAACUGGAACACAGGCAGGUUAUGUUAAAUAGCAGAGAAGCUGAGCUUAAAGAUUUAAUGAAUGCAAAAGAGGAGAUGCAGUCUAAUCUUGAGAAAAUGGGCAAGGAGAAAGAGAAUAUGAAAAAGAAACUUCAAGCAGCCUUGAUAGUGAGAAGAGAUCUAAUGCAGAAAGUUGGAAAACUAGAAAAGAGUGGCCAGGAAGAAAUAGAAAAAGAGCAAAAAAGAGCAGAGGAGCUGCUGAAGAAAGUUAAUGAGUUAACAGAUAAGCUGAAACUAUCUGAAGAACAAAAUAAUGAUUUUGAGUCUCAUCUCGGAACUUUGAAGCAACAACUUUUAGAAAAAGAUGCAAAGAUCAAUGAUUUGACUGAAAUUUUAUCUUCCAAAGCUUCUUAUUUAGAGGAACUUCAGGAUAAUAUUACAGAGCUAAAUGAUGUCAUUGCUGAAAAACAGAAUAUUUGUGAGCAGAACCUAAAAUCUUUAGAGGAAAAGGACCACAUGCUUGCUCAUAUGCAAACUGUCCUUGAUGGAAAGACAAGUGCCUAUGAGGAGGAAUGUUCUCAGCUGCUCUUAGCUCUUGAAAAGGUGAAAUCUGAACUUCAGAAGAAGGAAGACUUGUUGAAAAAUUCCGGUUUAGAGGAACGUGGUUUAAGUGCUGGGGACAGAAAAGAGUGUCUGGACCCCAACAAUGACAUUGAUGCCAUGAAUCAGCUAAAAAAAGAAAAAGAAGCUUUACAGAAGGAGCUUUUGGUCUUGAAGGAAGAAGUGAAAAAAUUUCAGAAAGAAAGGGAAGAACACACUAAACUUGCAGCAGAUUUUGAUGAACAACAAACCCACCUUGAGCAGCUCGAACAAGAACAUAAAGCGCUCUGGGAAGUUCUCCAAACCAAAUGUAAAGAACUGGGCUUUAACCAGUUAGAAGAGUACCCUCUGGGGAAGGAGCUGGCUUCAACUAAGGAACUCCUGGGAGAAGAACAAGCUCACCUAAGGAAUUUGGAGUUGGACAAGCCAAGAAGUAACAUUCAGGUUACAUCCUUCAAAGAGUCAGAAAACACAGUCACUUCAAGUGAUUAUGCAAAGCUUCAGGAGGAAACAGAAAUUUUAAGGAAGGAGCUGAGACAAAUAUUAGUGGAAUUUGGUGAUGAAAGAGAAGAAACAGUCAACUCCAAGUCUCUGAGCCAGCAGGAGCAGUGGCAGGCACAAUGUGAGGGCAGCUUGUUGGAGGACAUAAAGCAGCUACAGAAGAAGUUGAAAGUGUAUAAGGCUGAAACUGUAGACCUUAAGGCUGUGCUGGAACAUGUGAAUAAAGAGAAAGAAGCACUCAUUAAAAAAAGUGAAGAGGAUUACAAGAUGAGCGAGGAGGAGCUGCAGAGGUCAAGAAUUGAAGCUAAGAAGGAACUUGCAGAAAAGAAUGAAGAAAUAGAAGCACUGAGGUGUUCACUCAAAGAUAAACUUGAUUUGGAGAAAGAAUUGUUAAACAAAGCUAUAAAGGAGGACCAAGAAGCCCAAUGGUACAAAACAGCCUUGGAAGAAAUGAAGAGUGAAAAAGAAGAACUUCUCAACUGUUUAGAAAAGUCCAACUUGGAACUAAUUAGCAUGAAAAAUGAGGUAGAACAUUUCAGCCAAGAAAAUAAAAACCUUUUGACAGAGUUACGUUUGCUGCGUGAGAAGGCUGAGAUGAGACCACCUGUGGUGUCUGGCAAAGAGCUGAAGGAAGAAAAUGAUACUGAAAAGGAAUUGGGAGAGUUUGGUUCUGAGAGUAAUUCCCAUCAGGGAAAGUUAGAAGGUGAAGGCACCAGUUUUCAACUACCAGAGACUGAUUACUCUGAGAAAACCAAACUGAGAGAAGCAACAGAAUGUCAAACCCAGAGACAAAUGCAAAUGGUGGAAGAGCCACUGGCAAAAGCUGCAGAUGAUUCUAAACUCCAGGAGCAAAGAAGUGUGACAGAUGAGAAGUGCAGAGAGCGCCUGCAGAGGAAAUUACAGGCAGCUUUGGUAUCACGGAAAGAAGCCCUGAGAGAAAACAAAUGCCUAAAGGAGCAGAUUGAUCAGCUGAUGUUGGAAAGAGAAGAACUGGUGAACAAGACAGGGAUGCUGGAACAUUUGUUGGAGGUUGGCAGAGAAAAGCAAAGUUCAAGCACUGUUGCUCCCUUGUAUGGAGAGGAGAGUCUUGUGUCUGAAAAUGCAAGACUGUUGACUGAAAAUGAAAACCUCACAGCAGCAUGUGAAAGCCUGAAAUCCACCAUGGAGUCGAUAGUUCAGGAAAAAGAGGCCUUUUCUUUCCAACUAAAUACCUUAAAAGAUUCUCAGACAGUUGAAUUAACAGGCUGGAAAGCUAAACAUAGUGAAUUAAAGCAGGAGUAUGAAUCGCUGCUUCAGGCAUAUGAGAAUAUCAGUAGUAAAGUAGCAGAUAUGAGGCAAGUUAUUGAUGUCAGUAGAAAAGAGAAGCAAGAGGCUGUUCAGAGGCUCAGGGAAGGAGAAUCUGAGAAGGAAGCUCUGGAGAAGCAUUUACAAAAUCUCAUUGAGGAAAAUGAGGUUAUUAAGAGCCAACUGAAACAACUUGGUGAAUCCAAGAAGAUGGAAGUUGAGGAAUUACAAAGUAAAGCAGAAAGGGAGAUACGUGAGCAGGAGGCAAAGAUGCAGGAACACCAGGAUCGUCUCCAUGAGCUCACUGAACAGAACCAUCAGCUAAUGGAGGAAAAUGAGCAGCUGAAACAAACUUCUGAAAAGUUGAAACAGGCUUUAGAGAAAAUUCAGAGUGAAAAUGAGAUCCUUGAGGAUAACAUCACUGUGACUAAAGCAGCUUUGGAAGAGCUCCAGGUUCAGAUGGAAGUGUACCAAAAUGAUACACAGUCUAAAAUCAGUGAUGCAUUAUGUGAGAAUGAAGCAUUGUUAAAGGACAUUAAUGUGUUGAAGGAUAAACUGUCUGAAAAAGAACAAGAUGUGCUGGUCCUAGAACAGGAAAGAAAAUUAAUUUCAGAAAAAGCACAAGAAACUGCAAAGUCUUUGGUCCAUAAAAAUCACUGUCUAACAAAGCUGGACAUGGAAUGUAAAAGUCUUACACAAGAAAUUGUUAGUCUAAAUGAAAAAGUUAAGAUUUUAGAGGAUGACAAAUGUCUGUUACAGGAAGAAUUAGAAAAUGUACAAGAAAGUUCUUACAAAGUAAAGAAUGAGAGAGAAUUUCUUGAGACAGAGCUGCUGAAUCAUGUUAAAAAGGUUGAUAAUCUUACUGAUAGAAUGAAAUCAGCACAGGCACAGAAUAAUUUGCUGCAACAGCAACUGGAAGAACUAAAGGCAGAAAAAUGUAAUGUGGUGAAAAAUGCUCAGAGAGAUAACAAUGGAAGUAAGAACAAAACAAAAGAAUUGCAAGAACUCUUAAAGGAGAAACAGCAGGAGAUCAAUCAUUUGCAAAAGGAUUCUAUAAAGUUCCAGGAGCUGAUCCUGGAUUUGGAAAGAUCUGUGAAACUGUCACAGUCAAAGAGUGAAAAAUUUGAGAAAGAUUUAAGUAACACAUCAGAAAAGCUGGUGAAAUCCAAUGAAGAAAUACACCAUCUCAAGGGAAAGCUUUCUUGCCAGAUGGACUUGUUGGAUCAGUCAAGGAAUGAAGUGGACAGGCUUACAGAUGAGAAUCUAAACUGGAGGAAAGAACUCAAGAAGAAGGAAGAAGAACUGCAACUUCAAAAGAGAGACUAUGAGAGACAAUUGGAAUUUCAUCUUCAACAACUAAAAUUGCUUCACAAAAGGGAAUUUUCCAACCUAGAGGAAAGACAUGGUGCCCUUGAGAGGGAAAAAGAUCGGGCAGUGAGUGAGAUUCACAGUUUGCAGGAGGAAGUUGGCAUUAAGGACUCUCAAAACAAGCAGCUCCAAGCAGAUUUGAAUGCAGCCCUGGCACGAUUAGCUGCGUUCACAAAGUGUAUGUCCUCUCUUCAGGAUGACAGGGACAGGGUCAUCACUGAAAUGAAAACCUGGGAAAUGCAGUUCAAGGAGGCCAUCCAAAGUAAGGAGAAACAGAUAGAAGACAGUAAUAAAAGAAUCCUGUCCUUACAAGAUGAAUUGAAAGCUAAAACUACUCAGAUUCAAGAACUGAACAUCAAAUACUCUGUGGUAGAGGAAACAAAGGAUGAGCUGUACUUGAGGCAAAAGUCUGUCGAUCUGCAGCGCUAUGAAGAGCUCUGCAGGAUAAAGGAAGAAAAUACCUUUUUCUUUAACAGACAGCAAGAGUUGGAGAGUGUUCUUCAGUCCAAAGAAGAAGCUUUGCAAGCACUCCUGAAAGAAAACAAUUCUCUUAAUCAUCUCAUAGAGACCAGCAAAAGUGCAGGAAGAGAGAUAAAAGCUCUGGAAAGUAAUUUUACGCGACAGGAGAAAGAAUUGCAACAGCUUCUAGCUGAGAAGGAAAAAAUGAAUGCUGAAUUGCAAAAGCAGGUUACCAUUUGUGAGCAAAUGAAGAUCAUGCUCAAUAAUAAAGACAAAGAAAUUUCCUUACUCAUUUCUUCCAAAGGAGAUGAAAUUUCAGACUAUCUGAUUCAGGUACAGACUCAACAUAGAAAUCAAAUCAAAGAGUAUGAACUUCAGGUAAGGUCUUUGCAGAUGGAGAGACAACAGGCUGAGGAGUCAUGUCAGAGGUUGGAAAAUGAGCUGAGAAAUCUCCAGGUGAAGGCAGACAAAGCAGCUCAAGACAAGGCUGUGACUGCCAGUGAAAUAGAUGCCUUUAAAAAAUCCAUGUCGUCUCUCCAGAACGAUCGGGAUGAGCUUCUGACCAGAUACAAAGAGCUGCAACAUCUUCACCAAGAUGUCUUGAAUCAGCGGGACAGUCUUCUAGUUGGCAGUGCAAGUGAGAAUAAUGCCUUGAAACAAGAAUUGAGGAUACUCCUCAAUAGGAUAGAUGAUCUGCAUUCUGAAAAUGCAAUGCUGAGUGCACAGCUGAUAAAGUACAGAGAAGAUCUCAACCAGGUUUUAUCUCUGAAAGACCAUCAGCUGAAAGACUUACUAAAGCAGAAAUUGGAUUGUAUUAAAAGCCUUGAACAUGAAAAAUACGAUCUUCAAAAAGAAAUCAAAGAACUGCAGCUUUCCAGUGAGCUGCAAAAGGAGAGUGCUGUGUCUGUGGAACAGGAAAAUAAAAAGUUGGUGUCUAAAGUAAGUGAUUUAGAAUCUCUAAUUGCAUCAUUAAACAAGGAGAAACUUGUUUCUGAAUCUGGAGAGAAACUGCUAACUAGUGAUAGUGUUCAGAAAAAAGAAUCCAAUGGACAAUAUGGAGAAAAUCUUCAGAAGAAGGUUCAAGAGCUCCAGAAAUCCAGAGGCAGAAAUGCAGAUGAGGAAUACAGUAGGACUCUUUUGGCAUUUGAAGAUGGAGAUAAACCUGAUCCUUUUGCAGAGAAAAUACUGCUAGAAGUUCAGUCUCAAAACAGUGAGCUGAGGUCCCAAAAUGAGGCCUUUGGGAAAGCAAUGACUGCUCUGCAGAAUGACAGGGAUCGGCUCAUAGAUGACUUCCAGGCACUUCAGAGUAAAUACAUGUCUGAGCUAAAGACUGAAAGAAAGAAAGGAGACAAACUUGCAGCUGAAUUGGAGGAAUUUAAGUCACAACUCAUCAGUAUCCUCAAAGAACAUUCCCUUCUGCAUCAGGCUGCCUUUGAUGCUGCAGAUAAGGUUACACUGGCUCAGAUUGCUGAUGGAGUUGAAAGUCUCUGUAGGAUGUUAGUCAGUCGGGAAAUGGAGCUGAGCAGGAUCUCAGCUGAGUCUGGGAAUUACGUCCACCAGAUUGAAGCAUUUUCCAAGGCUAUGGCCAGUCUGCAGGAUGACCGAGACAAAUUGCUGCAGGAGCUCAGCCAUCAGAAGGUAACUUCUGAACCCAAACAGGGCACAGCCUCAUCUCCCAUUGACUGCCACAGCAGCAAUGAGAGAAAUUACUUUCAAAGUAAUUUGCAUGUUCCUCGGGGCUAUAGGGAAACUUUGGCUAAAGAAGGAGCCAGCCUUGCAGCUGUUGAGAUAUCAAAGCUGAAGACCAAGGUGGAUGAUUUGGAGAAGGCAUUGCAUCAGACAAAAGCCUUCCAAGCAGAAACUGAGAGAGAGAUUGCAUCAUACCAGAAUGAGCUGGCUGGAUUAAGAAUGGAAAAAAACCUCCUCCUCUCCGAGUCUCAGGCACUGCGAAAUCAAUGUCAGCUCACAGUGGCUGAGAAGGACAGACAGAUUGCAGAGCUGCAGAAGCUGCAACAAGACAUCAUUGUGAAGAAAUCAGUCUCUGCUGGCAGCAAUUACUCAGUCAAGGUAAAGAAAUGGAUGGAACAGGAAUGUCAAAUGGAAUGUUUCAGUUUAUUGUAUUCUCUCUUGAAAGAGAACUAUACAGCCUUAGAAACUGCCUCCCUUGCUGGAAGUGGAGAUGUACCAGAGGACAUGAAACGUGUCUUGGCUGAGAAGAACCAGCUGCAGAGUGAGCUGCAGCACUGCCUUCAGGAGAUGCACCAGAAGGAUCUGCAUUUCCAGCAGGUUAAUGCCAAGGUUGUGCAGUCAGCAGAGGAGAAUGCUAUCUUGUCUGCCCAGCUGAAGACUCUUUCACAGACCCUGAGGGACAACCAACUUCAUUACACUGAUCUGCAAAAUCGCUAUCUGAGGCUGGAGAGGGAAUAUCAGUCAAUGCAAGUCACAUCUUUCCAGGGCUCUGUUCAGGAUGAAACUAGAGCAGAAGUUCCCCCUGGAGCGCCACAGGAAAGAUCUGGGAUUAUUGUGGAGAUAGAAAAUAUGGAACUAAAUGAGCUCAGAAAAAGGCUUGCAGAGACUGAGCAGCAAUAUGAGUCAGUGCAGCAAGCUCUCUCACAGCUGACAGAAACACUGGCAGAGGAGAAGAGGAGGAGAGAAGCUGCAGAAGAAGCUCUUGGGCUCUCUGAGGAGAGAAGUAACAGGUUUGAAGUAAGCAGUUACAGGUCUGUACCCAGCGAAUACACUGUCCAGAUGGACACUGAGGAGGAAAGGGAAGCCUUAAUCAUCAAUCCUAGUGAACAUGUUGUUGUGAGAAAG